AAUUAGCCGUUCUCUUCCGUGUGUCGCACCCUCUUCUCUCCUCCUCGGAGAAGCUGUCGGGGUGGAGCAGCCCUGCCAGCACCUAAUGUUCAAAAAUGGAGCUCGGUGUCAGUCAGCGAUAAGAAAUAAUGAAGAAUUUCACACCAUUUACCGCUUAUAUCGCAUCGCCUUGUCAGUUGACUUAAUAAGCCAACGUAGCGCCGGGCAGACUGAUCCUAUAUGGCGGGUCUGUCGUACCUAGUGCUCCGGUUCUCGGGCUCCGCUGGUCGGACGUACGGAGUGUUUUGCAAAGGCUUGACGAGGACUUUGUUGAUAUUUUUUGAUCUGGCAUGGCGGCUGAGAAUCAGAUUUCCUUAUAUAUACCUCGUCGCUUCUAUGGUGUUUAAUGUAAGACUCCAAGUUCAUAUUGAAAUCCACUGAAAAGUCAACACCUACCUUUUUUUUUUUUUUUCUUUUUACUUAAAAUCUGUGAAAAGCGAGAACUGCCAUGCUACGGCCAUCAACAGAUGUGCAAGCGACAAAUCCGAACAGCGACGUCGAAGGAGAGGACACCCGAUCCUGCAAGCCGGUGUGACAAUGCAAAACGGUGAGGCGGCUGCUCGCUUUCCGCAGUCGUCAUACGAGCUCGGUGCCUUUGCAGAAGAAGGACAGAAUGGAUGUUUGUCAAUGUGAGACAGGGUGACGUGACGGGCGAUCACGUGCAGGGAAAAGAGGCCUUGCAGCUGCUGAACCAGGAGCUGUUUGUGGGGACUUGAACAUGAAAUAAAACGAUUGUGGCCGUGAAACUUCGUAGCUUGCACCCUUUUUAGUGUGCGUGUCAUCAGUCAUGUUUGUUUAUCAGUAGUGUUGCAUCUCAAAAAGAAAACCGGAACACAGUUCAGUUCACUUUACAACAGAAACAUCUCAGCAUGACAUGAGCCUGUGAAGCAUGUUUAAUUUGGUCUUUGCGACACUGAGGUUGGCUUCAGCUGAACAAACGGUACAUGUUCUCUCUCACACAGAGGAUGCUCCAACUGGGAAGUUUUACAAGUGCGGUAACGGCGUGAAUCAUUGCAUGUCUUGCACUGGGGAUUGCACUUGCAGGUCAUCACAGUUAACUGUUUUUGCAAACCAGUAGCACAAAAGAGGACACGUUAGUAAAAAAUAAAAAAAUCAUUUAAAAAAGCGCAUCUGCGAAACAUUUUAACGCUGCAGAUUUAUUUAAGCGAGUCUGUCUGGGGAUUUGUACAGUCAGAGCUGAUUGUGAGAAUGAUCAAACUGGAAGAAAUAAAUUUGUAAAAAUCACAA